CCUCCUACGUCAUUCUUGGUCGCGAUUUUGAAUGCCAUACUACCUUUACGACAACACGCUACAGGCAAAUGUCACGGCACAUGCAGGGCAUAGCACUACUGUCAUAGAACUGUCUAGUGUUUACCGGCAUCGCCAGUGAUCUACCAUUCGUCCAGCCAACACCCGUUCCCGUCAAAUUGAUUCAGUUGGGCACGAGAAAAACCAACCUAGGUCACUAGAGCAUAGACUCUAUACAGAGACCAGAGUCCCCCCUAUCUCCCGGCGACUAGGUAUCCUUUGAGACGCAACGAUGGACGUCGACCCCAACACUGGUCUUCCCAUGGGCCUCGCCCCUGUCCAUCCCAACGUCGGAAAAAAGAACGAGUUCAAGAUCGGCGCCAUAUUUCCGUUCCGAACAUGGCGGUCGCUCCCUUCCCUGUCCACUGCGCUACUCAACAUAUCCAUCUCGACGGGGACUCUGAUCGUGUCUCUGGCUAGUCUGGCCGUGUCUAUCGCAGUAUUCCUGCCGAUCGGCGCGGUCAAGACCGUCGGGGAUCAGGGCAUCCGGUUCGUGACGGGGAGGAGGUCGUCGAGCGAUGGCGCUUCAUGGGGCGCCAUCGGCGGACGGCGAUGUGUGGUGAUCAACGGUGCCAGCGCGGGAAUCGGGGCAGCAUUGGCCAUUGAGUACGCCGCACCAGACACGCACCUGGUCCUCAUUGCGCGAGACCUCCGGCGCCUGCACGAGGUCGCCGCGAGGGUGCAGUCCAGGGGUGCCACGGUCGCUGUGCAUUCGCUGGACUUCUUCGACCCGGCCAGCCUGGCAAAGCUCCAGCAACUGCUGCAGGAAGUGGACACGACCGCGGGGGGCAUCGACGUCGCUAUCUCAUGCACGAGUGUGACAGGCCACCGCAGCGACGUCCUGGGGCCCAACCUCGCUCACAUCCCCCCAACUGCUGCUGCUGCGCACUCUGCGUCGGACGGACCGCAAGGGAGCGAGUACUGGGGCGCCACAACCGCGUCGCGGAUGCUGCAGGUCAACGUGGCCGCGUGCCAGGAGUUCAUCCUGCGGUCGUGGGAGCUGAUGAAGGCGCCGCGGCGACUGCAACUGCAAAGUGGUGCUACAAGUAGUAGUAACUUGGUCGGCCCUGGACCCAAGAUCAUCGUGCUCUCGUCCUCGACGGCCUUCUUCACGCCGGCGACCUUCGCGCUGUACGCGGCGGCCAAGGCGUACCUGUACUCGCUGGCCCGCUCGCUGCAGGUGGCGUCGGCGCCGUACGGCAUUGGCGUGGUGGCUGUCACGCCUGGCUUCAUGGAGACGGGCCUGACGGAGAACAUGAUCCGGACGGGAGCGACCUGUCCGCGGGCGAUCCUGGGGGAUCCGAGGAAGCUGGCUAGGAAGAUCAAGCGCAGCGAGGAGGCGGAUGAGCUGCUGGUUUUCUACCCAGUAUCGCAGGUCUGGGCGCUGUUCUCCGCCCGCGCGCUGAAUCCGCUGCUCGAGACGCUGGGUCUGUGGGCGGGAGCUGCAACGGGCGUUGCCUCGUGGUUCUUCAGCUAG